AACUUAUGGGGCUUGCCAAUUCGAUGCCGCAACCUCUGCGCGUUCUCGUUUAAUGGGAAAUAUCACCAGCGUGUUGGGAAGUGGACUUCGUUGAGGCCGAGCGAAAACGACAUUCGUCAAAGCCCAAAGCAGCAUGGCUUCCAAUCGGCCAGAGUGGCCCAUCCCGCUGCGCCACAUCAGCGCGCAGCACCUGCUCACGAUGCCGGGGGACGCCACCACGUUUGGAUACCUUCACAAGAAGGCCGAAUCUUCUCUCACCCUCAACCGAUGGCAACUGAGAUUCACGGUUCUGUACCGUGGCUGCAUUUACUACUACAAGUCUUGCUCGUCCGUCUACCCGCAGGGAGCCUUCUCCCUGCGAGGGUACAACAGAGUCCUCCGCGCUCCAGAGGAGUUUGGCUCCCACGCCAUCUAUCCUUUCAAGGUGAUGCACAUGUGCAAGAAUCGACGCAAGUGGUACUUCUCGGCAGCGAAUGAAGAGGAACGCAAGAAGUGGAUGGGAGCCAUCAGGAAUGAAAUUAAGGAGCAGUGUAUCAUCACCGAGUUCUAUAAGAGCAGCAGCAGUCGGCCCGACAGCCCGAGUGAGGUGGACAGUUUCUACGGGUCUGUGGAGAGGCCUGUUGCCAUCAGCCUGAGCAGGGACGGUGGCCUGCAGCUCCUUGGCACCAAUAAUGGUGAUUUUGAAGAACCGGAUGAUGAUUCUGAAGACGUGGCACACGACUCAAGCCAUGCCUCCAAUGGCACAUGCUGGUGCUGCUGCUGCUCAGCUCAAGCAGCGCUGCCAGAGAGCGAAUACCCCACACCGCCCAGACGCUAUGAGUCUCUCAAGAACUCCCUGUCUCCUGGCUACCCGUUCGAGAUGUGUGGCCAGGUGAGGGAGGAGCUCCCCACGAGCAGCUCCAAGCAGAGGACAUCAAUCCAACAGCAGCACUCGCCCCGUCCAGUCAGGUCUGCCGCAACGGAAUCGAAAUGGGCGAUGGAGAUGAGGGACAUCAUGCCUGAAGACAUGUUCUUUUUGACGUGUGAUGGCGCCAUGGUCGAAAGUAAAAUCAAGUUCAGUUCUCCCAGGGAUGGACUCUACUGUGUGCGGGAAUCUUCUCAUGCUGGACAGGUCCUCAUGGUGUGGGAUGAAAAUUUCCAGAAGAUAAGAAACUUCAAGAUAUAUCAAGAGGGUCCGAAGAUAUGGCUGGAUAAUAAGUUGCGCUUGCACUUCAAGACCUUGCAGGAGCUCAUCUUCUACUACAUGGAGCACGUGCUGCCCAACCAGACAGAGCUCAGGCUGCAGUACCCCUACCAAGCUCACGGAGGCAGCGCUCUGGGACAGCUUGCAUGUUACUGUGCAGAAUGUACCGACGGUAACUCCCUGUGACCCGGCUGGAGCAGAGCUGUCCAAACCCUGGUCUAUUACGGCGGCGGCGGCGUCAUUCAAUGAAGAACUUACUCGGAAAACUUUGCCACUCAAACUAACUCUUCAAAAUUUCCGUUCCAGCUGACUAAUCAAACGUGUCAUGUAAACUUGUUAUCCAAACUUACUCUUCAAGAUUACCAAUCAAACUUGCUAUUCAAACUUAACAUUAAAACUUAGCCUUUCAACGUAAUAUUCAAAAUAACCAUCAGUGAAUAUUAAUUUGGAUUGGGAUCCAGCUAUUAUCUGGCCAUUAGUUUCACUUUACGGAAAGUCUGUUAACUUAAAGUGUAUUAACUCCACUUUUUUUUCUAUAAAUUGAAUUGUUUUACAAGGCUUCGUGAUACCAUUAAGUGCUUGUAGCCUUUGUAGGCAUGUGGUGGGUGUAUAUUCGUGUUAAUGAUGUAUGACUAAUAUAUUUUAGUCCUGAGUCAGGCCUUCAAAUAGCAGGACAUUUGAUGAGUACUGUAACACAUAUUUUAUUUUAAUAGACCUAUCUACAUUCUACAUAUUUUGAAUAAACAUCUCUAUCAUUUCAUCUCUAUACACCUUAUGGCCAUGAGCAAAUUAACCUGGAAUGUGCCAGAUCUUGUCAGAUCUCAGAAACGCUAAGCAGGGUUGAUCCUGUAAAGUGCUUGGACAGGUGACCACCAUGAAAAACAGACGUUUUAGGUUGUGGAGCGACACAGUGAGCAGCAGACUGCAGUGCAAAUAACAUCCACUCUUGUACUGUUAGUAAGUACAGUACUAUACUUCUGUGCUCCCCAUAUAAUGCCCCCUACCUUAACUUUCAAAACUAUUUGGUGAUGCUGCUGCGUUGGGAGUGGAACACAAGCACAAAUAAUAACAAACUCACCUUCAUCAAUGACACUGCCUUUUGAAGGGCCACUGCCUGAAACGUCACCUAUUAUAUAUUUUUUUCUCUCGAGCCAGUAUUGUAAAGUAUAGUUAAAUAGUGGCAGUGCACAAGUAGAACAAUUAUGAAUGCAGUACAUUCUAUAAUAUGUCUUCCCAUCUCUGCCCCUAUAUCUCUCUUCUCUAUGCGUUAUGAAGAGCUCUCCUAUCUCGUAUCAAUGCAGUGAAAAUAUCGCCUAGAAUUUACCUUCUUCCUUAUUUGAAUACAUUUCAAUCGAUAUAAUUUUAUUUUUCGAUUUAAAGCUUUCGUGACUGCAGGGAUUCAUCUUCUUGGUUCUUUCGGUAAAGUCAC